AGGCGGAGCCCUGCGUCCCAUAAAGCCGCAGAGAGCGACGGUUCCACCUCGGCUCAGCGUAGAGACCGCUUUGGACUGCCACUGCCAGCCGGCAUCUGUCAGCCGCCAAGGUGCACGCACCUCGGGUUUCUUUCCUAUCUUGCCCUCUGCUGCCACCUCCAGACACCCAGCUCAGCGGAGUUUGGAGGUUCAGGAGAACAGCUCCCCAUUUCCACCCAACUUGUUGACACUACAUCUUCAAAAAACAAGCACUUAUUGGAGCUGAACUUAUAAAGAAAGAAGAUGGUUCUUUCUCAAGUGGGAACUGCAGAACCUGAUUCAUCCUCUGCAGCCUCCCUGCUGUUACUAAAUGGAGAUAUUAAUAUGGCUGAGAAAAAUCAGGCCUCGGGUGCUGAGAAUAACCUGUGCAACCAGUAUGAGGAGAAGGUGCGGCCCUGCAUCGACCUCAUUGACUCCCUGCGCACCCUGGGUGUGGAGCAGGACCUGGCCCUGCCAGCCAUUGCUGUCAUCGGGGACCAGAGCUCCGGCAAGAGCUCCGUGCUGGAGGCGCUGUCGGGAGUCUCCCUUCCUAGAGGCACUGGAAUUGUGACAAGAUGUCCUCUGGUGCUGAAACUGAAAAAGCUUGUGGAUAAAGAUGAGUGGACGGGCAAAGUCAGUUACCAGGACUUAGAGAUCGAGAUUUCAGAUGCUUCAGAGGUGGAAAAGGAAAUCAAUAAAGCCCAGAACGUCAUUGCUGGGGAAGGGAUGGGAAUCAGUCACGAGCUAAUCAGCCUGGAGAUCAGCUCCCCCCACGUCCCAGAUCUGACUCUCAUAGACCUUCCCGGCAUAACCAGGGUGGCCAUGGGCAAUCAGCCUGCCGACAUUGGGCGCCAGAUCAAAGCUCUCAUCAAGAAGUACAUCACCAAGCAGGAGACCAUCAACUUGGUGGUGGUCCCCAGUAAUGUGGACAUCGCCACCACAGAGGCGCUGAGCAUGGCUCAGGAGGUGGACCCAGAGGGGGAUAGGACUAUAGGAAUCUUGACAAAGCCUGAUCUGGUAGACAAAGGCACAGAAGAUAAGGUUGUUGACGUGGUACGAAACCUCGUGUGCCACCUGAAGAAGGGCUACAUGAUUGUCAAGUGUCGGGGCCAGCAGGACAUCCAGGACCAGCUGAGCCUGGCCGAGGCCCUACAGAGAGAGAAGGCCUUCUUUGAGGACCACCCAUACUUCAGGGAUCUUCUGGAGGAAGGAAAGGCCACGGUCCCCUGCCUGGCAGAGAGACUCACCACGGAGCUCAUCAUGCACAUCAGCAAAUCUCUGCCUUUUUUAGAAAAUCAAAUUAAGGAAAGUCACCAGAAAAUAACAGAGGAGUUACAAAAAUAUGGCGUGGAUAUACCUGAAGAUGAGAAUGAAAAAAUGUUCUUCCUGAUAGAGAAAAUUAAUGCAUUUAACCAGGACAUCACUGCAUUAGUCCAAGGGGAGGAAAAUGUCGGGGAGGAUGACACUCGGCUGUUCACCAAACUCCGAAAUGAGUUCCGCAAAUGGAGCAUUUUAAUAGAAAAGAAUUUCCAAGAAAGUCAUGAAAUUAUAAGUAGAAAGAUGUACAGAUUUGAAAAUCAGUACCGUGGCAGAGAGCUGCCAGGAUUUGUGAAUUACAAGACAUUUGAGAGCAUCGUGAAACAGCAAAUCAAAACCCUGGAGGAGCCAGCCAUUGACAUGCUGCAUGUGGUGACGGAUAUGGUCCGAACAGCUUUCACAAAUGUUUCAAUAAAAAGUUUUGAAGAAUUUUUCAACCUCCACAGAACUACCAAGUCCAAAAUCGAAGACCUCAGAAUAGAAAAAGAAAAAGAAGCAGAGAAGUCAAUUCGGCUUCACUUCCAGAUGGAGCAGAUUGUCUACUGCCAGGACCAGGACUACAGGGGCGCACUGCAGAAGGUCCGCGGGGAGGACGCGGAGGAAGAAAAGAAGAGUAAGAAAUUCGGUAGUGUGAACUUUCAGAUAUUUUCAGAAAACUCUCAAGACUCUUCCAUGGCAGAGAUCUUCCAGCACCUGAUGGCCUACCACCAGGAGGCCAGCAAGCGCCUGUCCAGCCACCUCCCUCUGAUCAUCCAGUUCUUCGUGCUGCAGACGUACGGCCAGGAGCUGCAGAAGGGGCUGCUGCAGCUCCUGCAGGACAAGGAUUCCUACAGCUGGCUCCUGAAGGAACGCAGCGACACCAGUGACAAGAGGCGCUUCCUAAAGGAGAGGCUGGCGCGGCUGGCACAGGCCCGGCACCGACUGGCCAAGUUCCCCGGCUAGUCGGGCCCUCCUGUGCCUGGCAAAUACCCCCUGUCCUGGGAGCUGUGCCCUUAUCAUUUAUCAGUGAACACAUGGGGUCUGCGCACUCUGUGGUCAGACUUGAUGGUCAUGGUCCCUGCCCAUCCUUAGCUGGUAAGGACUGAGUAAGAAGCCAUGGCAGCAGUUUGAUUCCCCGCCCUGACUCCAGGGCCCUGCCUACAGGAGCCACUCUCCCAACAGGGAAAAAGGAUUUUCCACCCUCAGAAUCAUUCCUCCCCUCUGAACUCUACUCUCUGAUUUAUUAGAAGCCGAUGCCACUAAAGCACCAUAGAAACAUAACCUCCUGGCUUUGGUAAUGUCCUUUCAGCCCCACACGUGCGACUGCUUCCAGGGCCCUGUCUCACCUAUUUGUAAUAAACUUGUUCCUAGCAGAUGUUUCGGUGGCACGUU